CCAUCUUGAAUUCCGUUCACUCAGACCCGCGCCUGUCUCGCGGCCAGUGCACGUUUACGCCACGAGCGACAAAACAAUUAUUAAUUUGUAGUGCCUUCGAGUGAUUUGGUGUCAUGUGAUAAGUGUAGUGACGAAAUGGAGUCGACUCCGAUCUGCCGGUGCCGCGUGCUGUACCUUGGCUCGGCGGUGCCGCAGCAGAGCAAGGACGGGCUGCAAGGAAUCCAGGAGCCCUUGCGCGAGUUGUAUCCGGAAAAGGGAGCGACCGGCGGCGGUAUAGACUCGUGGCUCUCGGUCUGGUCCAACGGAAUUCUACUGGAGAACGUCGACGAGAGUGGGUCGCGGGUUGCGAGAUUUUUUCCGAUAUCGAGUUUACAUUACUGUGCGGCGGUGCGCCGCGUUAGCGUCGAGGGUGCGCCCAGAUUCCUACCCUUGGACUCUCCUUUUGCACGAGCCCCUGCUCCUCGACGGCCGCCUUUGUUCGCGGCGGUUUUGCGCCGGACGCAAGGUAUCAAAGUGCUGGAGUGUCAUGCUUUUAUAUGUCGUCGCGAGGCGGCGGCGAAUGCACUCGUGCGGUGUUGUUUUCACGCCUAUGCCGAUAGUUCUUAUGCGAAGCGACUUGAGGCGGAGAGGUCGCCUUCUCAGCUGCCCCCCGAGCCCGACGAGGAGCUCGAGGUAUACGACGGGGACGAGAACCACAAGGUGUGGGUCGGGGAGGUGGAACGCGACGACGCCAGCGAUGACAUACCGCACCCGGCCCGGGCGCCCCGACCGCGACAGAUAACCCGCCCGGCCUCCGUGCCGCCCCCGCCCCCGCCGCCAGAGGAACCGAAAAAGAAGUCUACUACUAAAAAAAGUAAAAAGAAGUCAUCCGCUUCCGCCGAUGAGUUGUACGCGACGAUGCCGGGGCCGGCCCCGAUGAUGAACGGCAGGUCCUUGGGUCGGGCACCCCCCUCCUGGGCAGCGGCUCACCCCAUGGUGUUGGUCGCACACCCUGCAGCUACGUUGCCCCACGCGCGGCCAGCUACGCUGGGCCACAGAGGACGUGUACCGGCAGCACUGGCCCCCGGGCCGUUCCCCGCGGUGCCUCCGCCUGGCCGGGGCCGCCUGCAGUACGCUACGGUAGACCCACGUCGCUCGAAGCCGCAGUCGCAGCCGCCCUCCAUGAAGGCGGCCCAGAGCAUGACGGGCCUGGAAGCCGUGGAGGACGCCGGUGGGAUCUACAGAAAGAAGGGACAUUUGAACGAGCGAGCAUUCUCGUACAGCAUUAGACAGGAACACAGAAGUCGAUCACACGGUUCUCUCGCCAACCUAAAGUUCGCCGCUCCGCCUGAGGUGGAGACAGGCAGAGAAGAACUGAAGAAGGAGCGAGAGAUAAUGCAGCUGGUUGCAGGUCUACAACUGGGGCCCGACGAGAUGGAGCGCCGAGAAAUGCCGCCGCACAUGAUCAGAUCCAGGCACGGUCCUAGAUAACACCACGCCAUGGGAGCGCCGACGUGCGACUGUCAAGCAGCACGUGUCCACCGGAUAUGACAAUCACUUUACCUCGAUUCAUGUUCGAUUCACGGAUCAACAACUAUUUAAUUUACCCAUGUCGCAGCGUUAUUUCUACCUAGUACUCGUACUGUGUUUAUUUUGUCAACCGCAAGAAUAAUUUUGUACGUCAUAGAGUUACGAUUGCCGAUUCUUAAUCGAUACCUACAAACAUCGAUUUGUCACGAACGCGGCAACUUUCGAAUACACGAUUCUCAAUCGUUAGUUCUCGAUUUGCCAUGAACUUUAAAAAAUCUAGUAACUUAUUGAGAAAUUAUAAAGAUUUUUUUUUUAAGAAUUACAUUU